CCUAAACAAACUAAAAAAACAAAACCUAUCCUAAUCAAGAUUGCACAUUAAAAUCUUUUCGGACGCAGCGUCACUUGCCUAAUACUCCUUUUUCGUCGUCAUCCCAAAAGCAAAACCUCCACGUUUUACUAAUCUAUCUUUCUAUAUAUACAACGAACUCCCCAAAAGCAAGAAGAAUAAGAACCCACUAAGAAAAUGGAAGGAUUCAAAGUAGACAAAUGGGGUUAUCAAGUCAAAACCAAGUCUGAUUCUUGCAUAUCUGCCAUCAAUUCUUAUUAUCAUCAGGUACUUAGCUAUGGAAGAGAGAGGUCAGUUAUAUUGGAAGCUCCUAAAAAAGACCCAACUUGUGUUUUGGCUAAUAUUUUGGCUGCUCAUUUUCUUUGCUCUGCUGAUUCUUCACGUGCUAUGCUUCUUCUUGAAGCUGCCAAGUCUCAUCUAGAACAAGCCAGCUCGUAUGAGAAAAUGGUUUUUGAGGCAAUAAGUUAUUUGGUUUUACCUAAUAGAGAUGAUGAUGUGGCUGUUGAACUACACUUGAAGCUGCUUAAGGAUUUCCCCAGAGAUCUGGUCACUCUAAAGCGGGGUCAUGUGCUUUGUUUCUACAUGGGUUGCCCUGAUUUGUCGCUGAAACUUUUUGAACAGGUCCUACCAGUAAAUAAACACGAAAAUUACAUUUAUGGCAUGCUCGCAUUUGCUCUAUUAGAGCUUGGUCAAUAUGCGGAUGCAAAAGAAGCUGCAAAGAAAGGCUUUGAGAUUGAUAGUGAAGAUGCCUGGACACACCAUGCUCUCUGUCAUGUUUAUCAGUAUGAGUGUCGUUUUAAAGAAGCAGUACAAUUUAUGGAGGAAUGCUCAAGAACCUGGAGUUCUUUGUCAUCUUUUAUGUAUACACACAAUUGGUGGCACGUUGCGCUUUGUUAUAUGGAAGGUCAUUCACCCAUGGAAAAAGUAAGAGAUGUUUAUGAUCAAAACAUCUGGAAAGAGUUGGAAAGAAUUGAUGCCAGUCCAGCCGAAGUGUACCUGAAUGCUGUUGGUUUGUUACUUCGGGUAUAUGUACGAGGUGGGAUUAAUGUAUUUGGGGACCGUUUGAAGAUCCUAGCUGAUCGUCUGACAGAUAAAGCUUUCUGGUAUCUUGAAUGGCACCUGGAUGUAUUGGUGUUAUGGGCCCUAUCCUGUACAGGUGAAGUUUCUAAAGCAGAAGAGUUACUGGAGGGUUUAAAAUCCAGAAUUUCUACCAUGACCAAGAAAAAACGAGAAUAUAUGCAGAGAGCUGUGCUGCUUGCAGAAGCGAUAUUUGAAUAUGGUAAGGGUGAAAAUGAACGGGCGUUGGAAUUGCUCGGACAAACAUUUGAUGCCAUUGACUACAAGAUUAUUGGAGCGUCAGACGAACAGCUUGACGUUUUCAAUGAAGUUUGGAUCACUAUGUUGCUAAGCAGUGGUCAGGCUACAAAAGCUAUUGAGGCCAUAGAGAAGCAGCUAAAGAAGAGGGAAGGAACCCCGUUCUUGUGGCGCCUCCUGGAAAAAGGUUAUUCAAUGUCAGGAAAGCAAGAAGCUAUGGAAGCAGGCAAAAAAGCUCAGGCAUUGGAAGGUGCAUACUUCAAUUAAUCUUGGCAAAAGGAUGAUAACUAUCCAAAAUAAAUACUCUUCCACUUCUUAUUGUUAGCGAUUUUCACUUCUUGUAAUCCUCUUCUUUUUUUUCUAGUAGAAUGUGUAGUACUAAACUAUGAAGUUUCUCCAUGUUGUGUAUUUUAUAAGCAGUGUCCCCCGAGCCAAUUCUAUCGUUGGUGGUCGGAGACUCUUGUAGGGAGACCAAGACGAAACUCGGAAAUCUUACAUAAUCUCUUUUUUCAUAACGGUGGUGUUCAGAUCAGA